CACAACUCAAUCCAGGCUUCUACACUGACAACAGAAAGGAAAAUCAACUUCCAAUAAUAACUCAAAAACAUCACAUAAAUAUUUAGGAUUGGUUUAUGAAAACAGCACUUUGACUUCAAGAAAUAAACAUGGAUGUUCAGCGAGGACAUUGCUGGCGUUGUGAAGAUCAACUGGAACAGACCAUUCAAUGCCCCGAUUGCAAGAUGGCGGAGUAUUGUAGCUCAACAUGUGAACACAGAGACAGAGUUAGACAUAGGAGUAGAGAGUGCCCAUUAUUUGGAACAAGAUCAUGCAAAAAAUGCAAAAAGAAGGGUACAAUGAAAGAGUGUGGAGGUUGCAACAUAGCAUGUUACUGUAACAGAGAGUGUCAAAGAAGAGAUUGGGCCAACCACACAGCUUUUUGCAUCAAGGCCAAGGAAGAAAUCAAAUCAACAGCAGCUCAACUUACACAACUGCACUUCAACACGCGUACAGACAGACUUGGUGGUUCCCCUUAUUAUUUUGGAAACUGCAUCGCCAAAGACUUCCUUCAACUUGAUAACAAUGAAUGGUCUGAUGGGUCAAUAAAGAAAACUGACUUGAACAGAGAUUUUCAUAUUUUGUCAGCUGGUUGCGGAGACUUGUGCAACACUGUUUUGACUAUUGCUUCCCUUCCUGCCAGGUACCAGGGAAGUCUUUACAUCACUCUCAAUGACUUUGACCCUUUUGUCAUGGCAAGGAAUGUCUUAUUUCUCUUUAUGUUGGUUCGGUUUGCAGACACUGAGGGAAUUGAGAGCAGUCUGACUACCAUCUGGUACUCAGUUCACAUUGCUAAGAAAGAGUAUGACCUGAUCAAGACCAGCUUGGAUGAGCUCAUUCAGAUGACCCCUCAAAGUCUCACAGAGGUCACUCAAGGGUUGGUCAAAGUUCAAGAUGAAGAUCUUGCAGUCAUGAGUCAAGUUUGGGACAAAUGGAGAUCACUUGAAUGCCAACGAGGGAAACCAUCCUCAAUCAAUCUCAGAAAACAAAGAAAAAUUGCAUUUGAGAACUUUAUACAGGAGGUCGGAGGGUAUCAUUUAACCAAUCGCUUGCCACCUUCUAAAGUUAAAAAACAGAUGGAUGAAUGGUUUGACCAUGGAUUGUUCCUACCACAAGAAACAAAACAAACAUCAAUGUCUUUUGAUAACCCAACACUGACAGGACGUAGAGCUGUAUCAGCUCCAGGUUAUGAACUCUUAAUGACCUUAGUAAAUGCACCAAAAGCAAGACCAAAGGAUUAUGCCUUUGAGUACUGCAUCAGAACAGAUUCACAUCCCUUUAAAGUGUGGGAUUGCUUGAGAGUGAGGGAGUCUGAGACCAGACCCUACCCAACCCCUAUGGUGAUGUACCACAACUACAUCACAAAACUCCUCCAGAAAGUCAACAGUUUCAUCCAGAAAGGAAAACUUAACAUCCAAGUUUCUUUGGCCAACUGUAUGGACUUUCCUCCGAUACAUCAGUCUCUCAAGAUGUCAACCUAUGACAGGAUCUUCACAUCCAAUGUUGGUGACUUCAUCGGUUUUGCCAAGCUUUUACAACUGUUCAAACCGCUUCUAAAUUCAAGUAACCACUACUCAGUACUUGUUACUGAGACAAUAAACUGGACACAAUUUCUACCUCAGGCUGUCUGUCAACCUAGGAACACAGAAUAUGCAUCUUGCAUUGCAUCAUACUGCCUGGACACAGGCAGGGAUUAUGCUGACCUUGAGGACAAUUUUGAUAUUGGAGUUCAUACCUGGAUGGACUACUUUGAUAAUGCCCCUUACUUUGUUGCAUAUCUGCGUGCACAAAUCAUGGCAGGGGGUCUUGGGAUACCACCAUUGACCAAUGUGCCUUCAUUUGGUGAAGUGAUGAAGUACAAUGGUCUAGAAAUGCGUGACUUUCGUAAGAAGCUGAAUCGUCUUGUUCCAUAUCAGUAUCGUAUCAAUGCUCGUGACUUGACCCUGAUCAGUGCGACUGAUAGAGCAGUGGAGUGGUAUCUGCCACACACUGAUGGCUAAAGGGCAAAUGAAGUUCGACAUAAGUUCAAUAUAGCUUAAAAUUUGAUUGGGUGCAUGUAGAUCUUACAUAUCAAUGUAAAACGUUGUACUAACAAAACUGACAAGGAAUAUUUAAUGAGGAUUGAAGCAUGGAGGUAGAAAAGUGGCAAAAUGUGCAUUUACUCUAAAGCAAUCGCACAACAUCGAUAAAGAGUUGCACUUCGUGUAUCACAACUUCUAUAUAAAAUAACAAACCUGUAAAAAUUUAGGCUCAAUCGGUCAUUGGGAAAAAAUAACGGAGAAACCCACCCUUGUUCCCGCAUGUUGGCCGUGUAAUGACAAAUACAUCCGUUACUCUCGAUAUUGAGAAUUGAUAAUUGUUUUAUUUAAGGUUUUCUCAAAAAGUAAAGCAUUCCAUGGAAUAAUAUUUC